AUGUCGCUGCCAGCCACAGACCAAGCUGCCACGGCCGCCUCCACAUCGGCGCACUUUGCUCGGCCCAACCCGACCGCAAGCCUCUUGCUCUCGCACAGGCCGCCAGCCGGCAAGCUGGUGCUCGUACUGGGCACAGGCAAGCUCGCUGCAUCUCGAUGCUUUGCGUGCCUCGAAGCGGGCAUCAGGCCUGUGGUGCUCAGCGUCGCUGCAGCAACAGCGAACCAAGCGUGUGCCGAGAUCCAGCACCGCAUUGACUCUGCACAGGUGUUGCAUCAUUCCAUCGAUAGCAGCGCCUUGUCGACAGCAGCCUCGGUAGAGCAAUGUUGGAACCACAUCCUCGAUACUUACGACGGCGAAGACAACGACAUCUUUGCCGUCUGCAUCACCGACACCCUGCACUCUGGUGAUGAACCGAGAGCAUCAGCGAGCACUGCCUCCAGCAACAAGCCAAGUCUCGAUCGCGAUGACGAGCUACCGGACACUGCCGCAUCACUCACAUCCUAUGCUCAAGCCGAAAUCAUCAGCCGGCUGUGCCGAAAGCGACGCAUCCCCAUCAAUGUGGCCGACAAGCCCAACCUUUGCGACUUUUCCUUCCCCGCCAGCUACCGCUUCCCCUGCACCAACCCCAUCUCGCCAAUUGAUAGCACUGAGGAUGCCAUGCUUCAGAUCAGGUCCACCGACGCGAUCACCUCGUCCUCGCUGCAGAUUGCCGUCACCACCAACGGGCGUGGCUGCCGACUCGCAGGUCGCCUGAGGCGAGAGAUCGUGUCGGCGCUGCCGCACAAUGUCGGAGAUGCAGUGGAGAAGGUGGGCAUCAUGCGUGAUCUGGCCAAGCGGCAGGCGGAGAAGCCUCAGGAUCCAUCUGGCAGCGCAACCGUCGGCGCCUCCGCCUCAUCUCCGCUCAAACGCCUCAAGCGCAAUGCAGCACGCGCAGGCAAAGACGGCACAGCCGAUGUCGAAGAGGAGGAUCUCUCCUUCGACACGACGCCGCUCAACAGUCCCGUCCCGCAGCUCGUGCCCAAGAACCCGUUAGAGAGCGUCACCACCAAUGCGCGUCUCAAGCAGCUGCAGGUCGAGAUCCAGGCGCGCCACGAGCAAGAGGCGCAGCAGGCGGAAGAGAGGACCAAGCGCAGGAUGCGCUGGGUGGCGCAGAUCAGCGAAUACUGGCCGAUCGAGUACCUCGGCAACCUCGCCGAACAGCAGAUGAAGGACGCCCUUCGCGCGCAUGGCGAAGAGCAGUCAGCCCCAGUGCCGCCUGCCACCACCGCUGUUGGUGCCGAUGCAACUCAGCACAGCGAAGGCCAAUACACCAACGAGCCAUCUUCGCGCGGUCGAUCCACUGCUCCACGUGCAGAUCAAGGUGCUUCCGCUGAGCCAUCAGCUUCGCUGGCGCAGCGAGCGCGGUCGCAGCACUCGCUCGACAUCCGCCCACCGCCUCCCAAGACGGCGCGCAAGGGCCACAUCUACCUUCUCGGAUCUGGGCCCGGCCAUCCAGGCCUGCUCACCACUAUGGCAUACAAGCUGCUCACUUCUGCCUCGACCGACCUCAUCCUGUCGGAUAAGCUCGUGCCCGCCGCGAUCCUGCGGCUGAUUCCGCAGAGCACGCCGCUGGAGAUCGCCAAGAAGUUCCCGGGCAAUGCGGAGGGUGCGCAGUCGGAGCUCAUUGCCAAGGCGCUGCGCACGGCGCUCGAGGAGGGCAAGACGGUGGUGCGCCUCAAGCAGGGCGAUCCGUUUGUGUACGGGCGCGGUGGCGAGGAGGUGCUCGCUUUUCGACGUGCGGGUAUCGAGUGCACCGUCGUACCCGGCAUCAGCAGCAGCAUCGCUGCGCCCGCCAUGCUCGGCAUCCCCGUCACACAGCGCGGUGCCGCCGAUUCGCUCGUGCUGUGCACCGGCGUCGGCAAGGGAGGCAAGAAGGUCAAGCUGCCCGGAUACGAUCGUGGCCGCAGCCUCAUCGUGCU